AUGAGAGUCCUCCUCACUCGUUUGCAGAAGUUCCUCAAUAUACGCGCGGUAGUGGAGCAGCCCCAGAUCCCUGUGCCGGUCCCAACUGGUCCGAGAGCCGAGAAGAGCUUCAUCAUGGUGUCAUCGCGUGACGCUGAAAUCUAUCCAUUGGUGUUCUGUGUGUCGGUUGGCUUCGCUAUUGGCGCUUUCAGUCUCGUUCGUCACCUGCUGCUUAAUCCUGACGUCAACUUGAGUCGUGAACGUCGCGAAACGCCAGCGUGGGAGCGCUACCAGCCCGAGGACGGAGAAUCUUUCUCGAGGAACCGUCACCACCUCGCCAAUCUCAAGCCGAACCCGGUCAACACAUUCCCAGAAGCUCUCACGCUUCAAGAAAGAACCGAUGAACCCUUUUCCAAGCAUCUGUAA